GCAUUUAAUCUUCCUAUCGAGUUGACUUGCAACACCUUUUGGCAACAAAGUGUUCACAAAGGAGUUUUGUUAACGACAUUUAACGGCUCCGUUGACACUCUUUGCACAGUUCGGAGCGGUACUUGAUUGUUUUUAUUCAUCCUGCUCUCUAAAAAGUUAGUUUUACGAGUUAGUUUUGGUCAAAAGGUAGUAAGUGAAGCUAGUUCCGUGUUGCUUUCUCUCUGAAUGGACCGAAACGACAAGUGUCAAAAGUAACCAGGGGUCAACGAGACACGGGGGAAAACACCUCUCCUCACUUCAAGAUAUAUUUACAAGAACUGCUUAAGGUGUCCCCUCAUUACUUUGCUGCCAAGUUGUCCUGCUGGAGCCAGAAUUCUCAGACAAACUGCAAGGAAGCUGUUUCUGGGGACGUUUUUAUUGCUGAUCAAUGAGCAUCAUUAGAAGAGCUGCUGUCUGCUGAGUUUUAUCCACUGUGAUGGAAAAUCCUGAUGAUGAGGUCGACCUGCAACACAACACAGCGACGAGCGAAGAAGGAAACUCUGGCGGAGGAUCACCUCCAACCAAACGUAAAGGCAAAUUCUCCAAAAUGGGCCGGAUCUUCAAGCCCUGGAAAUGGAGAAAGAAGAAGCAUAGUGAAAAGUUUGCAGAAACAUCAAUAGCCUUAGAAAGAAAAAUUUCUGUCCGAAAGAGUCGCCAAGAGCUGGUUGCCAGAGGAGUUCUAAAGGAUAUUCCAGAAAAUGAGAGCAAUGAUGUAAACCACUUGAAGGCUCCGCCAGUGAAAAAUGGGCAUCCUGUACCAAUGGAUGUUGACAGGUUGUCGGAAGCAGGUUCAAGAGUGUCUCGAGGGGAUUCUGACAUCAAGGGGAAUGUCCUCAGGCCGCCCCCAGGAGAUGACCGUCGAAGCAGAGCACCAUCAGAUGCCUCCCGAAGCAACAGAGCACCUCUGGAUGUGGACUCUCAUGCACGUCUUUCUGUUGACUCAGACAGAAGAAGCCGUCUGCCAUCAGAUGUGGAUAGAAGAGCGGGGUCCUUACCCAGAGGACCCCCACCAGAUGACAGAUACCGCAGGGACGAGAGGAGAGAUCCCAGAGAUGACAAGGAGGACAACCGAAGAAAGAACAGGGAAGACGGGGAAAGAAGAGACUGGCGAGAGGACAGGGAAAGGGAUGGUGGAGCUGAUCGAAGGGAAGACAGAGACUUCAGAGAAAGGCGUGACUGGAAAGAUGACCGAGAGAGGAGAGAUGAACGAGAAAGGAGAGAUCGGGAUGAUAGGGACAGGAAGGACAGAGACGAGAGGGAGCGUAGAGAUUGGGACGAGAGGGAACGUAGAGAUCGGGAUGACAGGGAAAGGAGGGAUCGGGACGAGAGGGAGCGUAGAGACAGGGAUGAGAGGGAAAGGAGGGAUCGUGAUGAGAGGGAAAGGAGGGAUCGUGAUGAGAGGGAAAGGAGGGAUCGUGAUGAGAGGGAAAGGAGAGAUCGAGACGAGAGAGAAAGGAGGGAUCGUGAUGAGAGGGAAAGGAGGGAUCGGGACGAAAGAGAGCGUAGAGAUCGGGAUGAGAGGGAAAGGAGGGAUCGGGAUGAGAGGGAGCGUAGAGAUCCUGAUGAGAGAGAAAGAAGAGACAGGGGAGAUGAUCGAGAUCAAAGGCUCGAGAGGGAAAGGAGAGACGACAGAGAAGACAGGGAGAGGAAAGAUAGAGAUGAUGGGGACAGGAGGGAUGACAGAGACAGACGAGAAGAAAGAGAAAGAAGAGAGGACAAGGACAGACGGGAAGACUGGGCCAAAAGAGAUGACAGAGAGCGACGAGACGAGCGGGAAAAGAGGGACGAGAAGGAUAGGCGAGAGAAGCCUGAGCCUCGGAGGUCUGUGGAGGACUCUCGGCCUAUAGCCAGGCCGGUCUCUGAGAUGGACUUACGACCUUCUCUACAAAAAAGCUCCUCGGAGGACGGCAAGAAGGUUCGUCCGGCCUCAGAGUCUGACAGGAGGAGCACCCUUCCUAGAUACAUACCAGCUACAGAGUUCAGAGAGCGCUCGGAGUCUGCUGGUGUCCGCUUCACCCCCGACCCUCAACCAUCACACGACUCCCAGCAGGAACCUCCCCCACCCAAACAGGCCCUGCUUCCCCCUAAAUUUCUUACCACUCCCUCCACUGAGUCCGGCAGGAGUCCAACCCCAUCCUCUUCUUCUUCCUCCUCCUCCUCCUCCUCUUCGUCCUCCACCUCCUCUGCCUCCUCCUCUACUCCAGUAGCUGUGGCAAAGCCUCCAAGGACAGUCUCCCUUAUAGUUGACGACCCACCUCGACCCCCCCACGCUGCUCCCUCUCCGGCUGACUCUGACACGCCACCUCCUGUUCCUCCACAUGCUAAGCAGCCUCCUGUCCCUCCACCCAAACCCUCCAACCGCAACAGUAACCCUGCACUGCUUGCCUCCUCAUUGAACAGGGGCUCUAGGGUCAGGCAGCCGUGUUACUGGACCAGCUGGAGACGCCAGAGUGAGCUUGGCCUCUACCUCUCUCUACCCGUGUACAUGCGGCACAGAGCCUGCCAGACCUGUUCAGCAGAGCUUUCUCAGGCUGGCAGUGGUGUCAUCAUAGUGCCAGCGCCUGCUAAGCGCUCUCCACCAACGCCACCCAAGAGGAUGACCCCUGUCACCAAGCGCCAUUCUGUAGACCCCUCUCCUCCAAGCCAGGCACCAGAGUCUCCCACCACUGAGCCCGCUUCUGCCCCUCUCCAGGUGCCCCCUGCUGUCCAGAAAGGGGAGAGCAGUGAAGAUAAGACAACCACAGCAGUUCCCCAGACCUCAACUGAGCCUCUACCUUUACCACCGUCCCACAUACCUCCGUCUCCUCCCAGAGUUCAGUCUCUUCAACCGCCCAGCCACCCCACUUCUUCUUCCUCUGGUCCUGUGCCCACCAUUCAAGAGGAUCCCCCCAGCCCCACUACAGAGCCUCCCAGCCAGCCUCCAGCCAUCCCACUGCACAUCCUCAUUCAGAGAGCGUUAAACAGCCCUGGUCAAGCUCAGCCAAACCCUGACGGCUCCCAGAGGGCUCACUCGCUGCUGUUUGAAUCUCCUCCAGAGUUCCUCACUGAGCCGGGGGGUAACUCACGCCACUCUCUCCCCAUCACCAUCGAACGUCUCAGGCUGCCAGAGGACGAUGAUUUUGAUAUGGAGGAGGAGAUGAGGAAGCUUCACCCUCAGAGGCCUUCUCGCCAGGCAGAGCUCGAGCCCCGCAGCAGGAGGGGGCUGGUCGGAGACCCCAGAGUAAGCGUAAUCCACGAGGGAGGAGGAGGCAGCGAGGAAGAGUCUGACUCUGAUGGCCCCAUCCUGUACAGAGACGAAGAUGACGACGACGAUGAGGACGUCCCAAUUAGUGGGCUGGCGAGUCGAAUCAAGAGGAAGGACACGUUGGCCCUGAAGCUGGAGAGACAAGAGAGAGAGGAGAGAGAAGCUCAGGAGAACCACGACAACGUUAGCUGGCACAACAGGGAGCAGUGGGUGGCGUUGAGGAACAAGAUUGGCACCACGCUGACACGGCGACUGAGUCAGAGACCGACAGCUGAGGAGCUGGAGCAGAGGAACAUCCUUCAAGCCAAGAACGAAGCGGAUCGACGAUUAGAGAGAUGCGAGAUCAAACGGAGGCUCACAAGAAAGCUUUCUCAGAGACCCACUGUGGCUGAACUUCAAGCGAGGAAGAUCCUGCGCUUCCAUGAGUACGUUGAGACCACACACGCCCAAGACUAUGACCGGCGUGCUGAUAAACCAUGGACCAAGCUCACUCCUGCUGACAAGGCUGCUAUCCGUAAGGAACUCAAUGAAUUCAAGAGUUCGGAGAUGGAGGUCCAUGAAGAGAGCAGGAUAUAUACCCGGUUCCACCGGCCUUAGCCGUUCACACUGACCAGUAAAGCACUUCAACUUGGUGUAGUGACAGAGAAAAAGGCCCACUCUUCUCUCUGUGAACUGAACAUGUGGCUCAUUUGGUCCCUUCUUUAAGUGACACUUGCUAAUCUGCUUUAGCUGAAGACACAACUGGAACCGAAGUGAGAGAAGAAGAAGCUACAGAUCAGUUCACAGACAUUGUGAAGGUUAAAAGGGGCUGGUUUGUUGGUGCUUAUAUGAUGGAGGUACACAUUGCCAACACUAAAAGAGUCAGAAACCCACCGCCUCCUCCUUGUCUUCUUCUGCUGGGACUGGAGAAAGAGUUGGCUCAAGCUGAAAUGACAGAGCGUUAUCACACUGUGUCCCUUAGGGGAAACCACUGCGCCUUUACCUGCCUUCACCUUUGAUUUUUCUACGAGACUAUGCACAUAAAGAGAUGAUUGUAGUUCUAACACUGUAGAUGGACUAUAGUCCCACAGCGGCCACGUUCCUAUGAUGUCAAGCUCAAAUAUUAUGUUGUACUGUGAUAUCCCUGGUCAGUUUUCAUAUGAACGUGGAGAUUCAGAAAAAUCUUUUAUUAUAUUGCUUCCUGUCUGAAAAGUGACCACAAAGACGAUGGAUGAUGAAAAUCCAGAGAGAGAUUGGACCAUAUUCAAAUUAAGAACAUAUUUAUUAAAGUAUUAGUGACCACCAGAUUGAAGCCAGCGCUACUAUUCAGCCACUCACAUUUGCGUUUGAUAAUCACAGAUAGAAACAGAAAGUCUUAAAAGAUAUUAACAUUGGUUAACGUAGGUGAGGUAAAACUCACAACACAGCAUUAGUUGUGCAGUUCUAUCUUCAAACUCCACUAGUAUUUGCAUGUUACUGUAUCUUCGAUAAAAUCAUUCGAGGAUCGCUUUUUGAUACAACUCUUUAUUCAAGCUUUGCACAAAGCAUGAUGUUUACAGUAGGUGGUAAAGUGGUCUUGAUCUUAACAUUGUGUAUACAAACCUUGAUUUAGUUGAUGCUUUAUGCAGAUAUUCAGACAAAUUAAUCAGACCACCUGUUGAUGGGAUAAAUGGGCACUAAUGGGCACUUGAAAAUAUCAGCAGAGCUUGAAUGUAGACCUACAGGAUUUAUGUGAUGUUGGAAGAACACAUUAUUGAGUUUCACCUGAGGGUUCAAUAAACAUGCUCAAAAUAAAGGUUAAUGUCUGUAAUGGAUGCAUGCCUUUUCUAUCAUAUCGGUUUAGUGUUUCCCACAAUGACACCUUACUUGAUUGGCAGAGAUGACAUUUCUGCCCUGCCUCUCUUUCACUAUUUAUUUUUUGUUUCUGUACUCUUUUGACAGUAUUUAUCAACAGUACGUUCAUGAAGACGCUCAAAUAACAUCUCUAACCUUUUUAAAUGUUACACUCAAUAUUAUGUAAUCCUGGUAGGUGGGCUGAAGGCUACUUGUUGCUCAGGUAGCAUAUCACGACCAUAAUGCUUGCGUGCAGGAUGAUGUAAGCUGCAGGACAAGGUUGAAAUUACACUUAUUUUUUGACAUGAGGCCCAACUUGGUGCAUUUACAGGAGGGAUGAACAAGUGGAUGCCUCAUGAUGGAAACUUGGGUUACUUGAGGUAUACUUGGGUGUCCCACCAAAGUGUCAUCAACAUGUGGAAAACACCGCUGUGAUUAUCACACAAUGAUAUAACCAGGGAAACAGCCAAAUGCUAACAUUAGCUUCAAUCUGAUGAGAAACAAAAGGGUUAGUUAACAUGUUUUUAAGCUUUAAAACGGUCCAAUCUCUCUAGAUUUUCAGCAUCCUAGUCAUAGCUUUCUGGUGACAUACCCUCAUAAAAAUUGCCCAGUGCAAGUGCCGUACACUCUGGAGUAUUUGACUUUUGUCUUUUUUACUACUAAAGUGUUUUAGCUGUAUAAGUUUUAUUUUUUAAACCAGAGAGGGUUGUUCACCUGUACAAACCGGACUAGUGUAGGUUAUCCUGCUACAGGACUCCAUCAGAGAAAGACUAUCCAUAGAGGAGCAACAGUAGAUUUGUGUUUUUGGAUGUUCCCCUGCCUCUGUAGAUUAAAGUUUACAGUAGCUCAAAGACUCCUCCUAAUCCUGACAUCAAGUUAUGAUUGAAGUACUGCCUUUAAAAUAACAUUACAGUGUCAGAACACUGACUGACAGCUGACAGUGAACCAAAUACUACUGUAAGCUAAUAUCAACCAGCUAUGUUGGCUACGUGGCACUCACCUAUACUUAGAUGGCUUCUUUGUGACUUUCACUUCCCAAACAGCACCAUCACAGAACCAAACACAGUCAAAAUACAUACUAAAGUCCACAUUUUUGUAAACUUUAAUCCUUGCUUCCGCUGCAGUCAAGUUCCGACCUGGAAUUUUUGGGGGGUUUUAGCGAUUUCCACAGUGUCUUAAGUGCUAAAUAAGUGUCCAAAGUGUCAAAAAUUUAAAGAUAACAUUAAUGUCUUAAUUUUUCUGUGGUUGUCAGGUGAUGUAAACAAGUCAUUUUGAAGAGGUUGAGAAUUGAAUGCCCCAUACUGCAGCGCCACUUAGGGUCUAAAGACCAGUCCAGGACAAAGAUUUGCAACGAGGCAGGUUGAAAACUGCUUGGUACUGGUUGAAAAGCUGACCAGUCAAUGCCGCUUCAACUAUGGAGAGACCAUGCAUCAUUUCAAUAGCAUCGGCUUAACACUAUUUGUUGAUGUUUUUAGCCUAUCAAAACAAGAUUUCCAUUUCCGAUUUCACAUGGAUCUGCUGGUAGCAUUCUAAAACAAGCUCUCUGCGACUUAACUGAAUCAGCAUCAUCGGACGGCUUUAUAGUUCUGGCAGCUGCAACCAUUGCGAGCCAUGUUCUGAAAUGGUCUUGUUGCAAAGCUUUUAUUUGCCCUGCAGGGCUCUGCUGUCAAUUUUCUGAAAGCUGUGAAUUCUUAGAAGUCGCUUUUCAUUCAGGACACUGUAAAAGCAAAGUAGUGGAAAUCUGCUCUUUUAUAUAGCAAAAUGGAGGGGAAAAGGAAAACGGGGGAAAAUAUCAACAAAUGAGUUUCUCAUCUUGAUUGUGACGUCACAGGAACAUGGCCAAAAUGGGAUUAUGGUCGGUGGUAUCACUGAACUAGAGUUUAUACACUUUUUAUAUAUAUAAUCGGUACUACAGAGGUCCAUCUUUAGGUGCUGCGGCACCCGCCUUACUCCUCACAGGAUCUCACACUGAAUUAAGGUUCAGACUUAAUGUGAUAAACAUGCAUGCAGCAGCGUGUUUCUUAUUUAAAAAUCACUGAUUGUUAAUAAUUGGACCUCUCUGAACGCUGAUUUCAACUUAAUAUCAAAAGUGUGCAUUUUACUGUAUUUUUGUCAAUUAUAAAUUGAUUCUCAUCGAGCACAUAUCACUGGCUAAUUUUUUUAACAAGGCACCUUAUGUUCCUUAAUCGGGUAUAGAGACUUCAGAAAGGUUUAAGCCUAUAAUUCUGUGUUUGUAAUUGAAUUAUCCAAGCAGGAAAAUGUACAUAUUUUUAUUUUCCUGGCUCUUUUAUGGUACUUUAUAUAUGCAAGUCCAUAGUUGGCUGCAGGUGUAUAGAUCAUUUAUGUAGAUUUGAUUUACUUUAUAUUGUACAUCCACAGUAAUGCUGACAUGUUUUAAUUGUAAAGUAUUUCUCAAAUGUUAUUCCAAGUAGUUAUGGUACAAAUAUUCUUUUUUUUAUACAGAGAUCUUUAAAAUGUUUUUUCAAGCCACAGUGUACAAAUGAACAAUCAAGUCAGAAAUUAAAACAUCCUGUGAUUUUCA